AUGAGCAUCUCAGUCCGCGACUAUGCACAAUCAACCGAGGAUAGCUCCAUCUCCCUCCCGGACAUCGAGGCGCAAGCGUGUCCGACGCCGCAAAAGCGACAUCGCCUGAUGCCAUCAUCCUCCGGCCAUGAUGCCUCUACUGCCGAUGAUGGCGCCCAGGCCGGCUCCUCGCCCUCCAUAAAACGACGCGCACGACGCUCCAAUACAGCUCGUUCAUAUUAUCCCGAUGGUGCGGCUGGUCAACCGGGAUGGCGCCCUGGAGAAGAGCCCGGCCUUGAUCCCUCUGAGCCGGUCCUUCCCCCUUUUCGCGUGCAGGGAGAAGCGUUAUUGUCGGAGUCGAUACACAAGCGAUGCGAUAUCACAGUAGUGGAUUUCUCGCACGAGGAGAUACGCGUGUACCAGCUGGAUAACGAUACACUACAGGGGUUUCUUGAAAGAGAGAGGGAACCUUGGGUUGUUUGUCGAUGGAUUAACGUCAAUGGACUUAGUUGGGAUGUUGUUAGACUGCUGGCUACGCAUAAACGGCUUCACAAGCUUGCGAUUGAGGACUUGAUGCAUUCGAUAGAUCGAACAAAAGCCGAUUGGUACUCGGACCACACGUUUGUGUUGCUGGAAAUGCAGAAGUUGAUCAAGCUCAAAUCCGCCGAGACGAGCGAAGAAUCGGAGGCUGGAAGCGAUACGGAGAACGAAGUGCCCAACAAACCGGGGAUCAGGACUUCGACGGCGAGCAAGGCUGUCAGCAAACGAGGCACAAUGGGAGGCGUUUUGAAAGACGCGUUAAUAGAUUUGUUAACGCCUAAAAUUGAAAAGAGGCGACUGAGGCAAUAUGGAAGUCAGAACAAUCUACAACCGCGCGCCAUCCGCACUCUCCAACGGUCCAGAGGCGGCCCGAAUGAAGAUAGAAUUGAAUUUAUGGAACGCCAUGCUGCUCUUGCGUCAAGGGGCCUGGGGGUUGCAAUCGAGCAGGUUUCAAUAUUCCUUCACGCAGAUAAUACCGUCACGUCGUUUUUCGAGGCCAGCGGCGAUGAUAUAGAGGGACCGAUUGUUCAGCGUCUGCGGUCCCCGGGAACCAUCCUUCGGGAAUCUUGCGAUGCAAGCAUGGUUUUACAGGCAAUAAUCGAUGCCAUUACCGACCUUGCCAUCCCAGUAACAAGGGCAUAUCAAGAUGUCAUUGGAGAACUAGAACUAGAGGUCUUGACUGACCCUGAUAUACAUCAGUCUACGACUCUCUACAUUCUAACCUCGGAGAUCUCUGUGCUCCGGAAUGCAAUACAACCUAUGGCUAGUGUGAUCAAUUCUCUGCGUGACCAUAGUUCUGGCCUGGAUAUCAAGAAGGUUGCGUCCACGCCUUUCCUCCAACCUGUGCGGCCGCCCAGCAGAAAUUCUGCACACCCUGAUGCGGAGGGAGUGAGAAUGGCUUCAGCAGUGGCGAUUAGGCUCGUCUUUGAAGUCAUUAAGAAGCGCGAUGUCAGCGCUGACAUGUUGCAGGUGCCUAUCAGAACGAAAGGCUAUUUUGGAAUGAAUUUCCCAAGGUUUACUGGCGUUAACAAUCAUAGCGAUGCUACCGUUCGUCUUCGUGACAAUGAUGUUCCUGAUGCGCGAAAUGAUAAAGCGGUGGUUAUUGAGGCUAGCGCAAAGACGGUUGAUUUGGAGUUCAAGGCGGCGUCGGAAGGAUAG